AAAAAAUUUUAGAUAGUGCAUCAUUUGUAAGGUACUCGUUAUUAGUAUAAUCCGAGCGCACGAACUUAGUACGCACGCACAGACAAAAUCGGAACCCGCAGAAGGCCGGAUUGUACGUUCGCCGUUGGGGACCGAAUUAUGUUUCUUCUGAAGGCAUGGAGGACUGCGGCUUUCGGGUUAUAUGGCUUCAAGCAGUUCACAAAAGCCGGCUUUCAGGAACAUGCCAAGAAAUUCAAAGAAGAAGAUAUGCAAAUUUCUAUGGAAGGGAAAAAUUGCUUGGUCACGGGGGCUAAUUCUGGCAUUGGUUAUGCUACUGCAGAGGGCUUGGCUUCACGUGGUGCAACGGUUUAUAUGGUCUGUCGCAGUAAGGAGAGGGGAGAGGCUGCCCUUUCUAAAAUUCAGUCAACCACGGGUAACCCAAAUGUCCAUCUGGAGGUUUGUGAUCUGUCUUCCAUCAGCGAAGUUAAGUCGUUUGUGUCUAGAUUUUCUUCAGAGGAGAAGGGACUUCAUGUUUUAGUUAACAAUGCUGGUUUACUGGAGCACAACCGAGUUACCACAGCAGAAGGAUUGGAGUUAAGCUUCGCUGUUAAUGUAGUAGCAACAUAUGCUAUUACAGAAUUAAUGAUGCCAUCAUUGGAGAAAGCAGCACCCGAUGCUCGGGUUAUUACAGUUUCUUCUGGUGGCAUGUACACAACACCUUUGACCGAGGAUUUGCAGUUCAGUGAAAGCAAGUUUGAUGGGGUGCUACAAUAUGCUCGAAACAAGAGAGUUCAGGUGGCAUUAACUGAAAAGUGGGCUGAAACUUACAAGAACAAAGGGGUGAGCUUCUACUCGAUGCAUCCAGGCUGGGCCGAUACACCUGGAACAGCAAAAAGUUUGCCUGGCUUUUCAGAGAAGUUAUCAGGGAAGCUUAGGACAAGCGAGGAGGGCGCAGACACGGUGAUUUGGUUGGCCUUGCAGCCAAAGGAGAAGUUGGCAUCCGGUGCAUUCUAUUUUGACCGUGCAGAAGCACCUAAACAUUUGCCAUUUGCAGGAACAGCUAGCUCGCAUGCUGUCAUUGAUGCCAUCAUCGACAAACUCUGUGCCUUGUCUAAUCUCCCUUCCGAAAUUUAAGCUUGUGUUACGUUUGAGCUUGAGUUCCAAAGCAUUCAUAGUUAUUGUUGUGUGGGUACUUUCUGGUGGUUUCGAUGAAUAUUAUUAUCAAGUUGAGUGCAGGCAACAGUCAAUAGCUUAUGGAGAUGAUGCAUUGUCGUGCAUUUUGACCUAA